AUGCAGAAAGUGAAAGCUAUCGUACCUUCUUGGGACACCACCAAGAACCAAAGCAAGAAGGGCUUCGACAAAGUAUGGGGAUGGGCUGACAAGCUGGGUGCACCAAUCAACAGGCUGUCAAAUCGUAUCGGCAGUGAGGCCUUUUGGCCUACAACUCUUGAUAAGGAGAGCGAUAAAGCAGCUAGGAUCUUAAGAUCAUUUUGCAAGGAUGGUUUCUAUACUGAAGAAGACAAGCCGGCCGAUGCCGAGCAGGCCGGGCCAAAGCAAAAACAACGCGUGCUAAAAAAGAUUCCACAGAAGGUAAUCCAGAAUGCUGUCGGCCUUGCCAUCUUCACAACUAUGCGAACUGGCCUAUGGGUUUCUGGGGCUGGUGGAUCGGGAGUUUUGGUAGCAAGAAAUGAGGAAGAUGGCUCAUGGUCUCCUCCAUCUGGCAUCAUGCUGCAUACGGCUGGUCUAGGAUUCCUAGUUGGAGUGGACAUUUACGAUUGCGUCGUUGUGAUCAACAACCGUAAGGCUCUGGAAGCAUUCACUAAGAUCCGGGCGACUCUUGGUGGAGAGAUAAGCGCAGUGGCUGGACCGGUUGGAGCUGGUGGUGUCCUUGAGAAUGACGGCAAAUGGAAACAAGCCAACAGGCCCGUUUUCACUUACUUGAAGUCGAGGGGAUUCUACGCCGGUGUCCAGGUUGAUGGAACGGUCAUCAUUGAACGCUCAGACGAGAAUGCGCGUUUCUAUGGCGAGGAAAAGAUUGGGGUGGCCGAUAUCCUGGCAGGGAAAACACGGCGUCCUCCUGAGAUCAAGAUGUUGAUGGAGACACUUAAAGCUGCCGAAGGUCGGGAUGAUAUUGACAAAGAGCUGCUGGAGGAGCUGGAUGGGCAGCCUCCGCCAGGCGAUGUUGAUGUUGACAAACCCAGUGAGGGGAGCGUCUUUGGUAUUCCUGACCCUGAAGAUCCUGAUCCCUAUGGUGUCCAUGCGCUCGAGAAAGAAGGACUCGAGAUACGCGAUGCUGCAACUCAUUCAAGACCUUCUAGUCAGGCAUUUGAGUACAGCCCCAGCCCAAAUAGUCCAACCUACAACAAGUUCUACAGAAGGAGCUUGGAGACGGGGAUGAGAAGCAACCGAGACAGCUAUUCCUCAACGCCGAGUCGAGGCUAUACAACGUCUGAGGCUGGGACGCAGACUGAGCCUGUGUUGAUAACACCUGUCACAAACAACACACCUCACAGGAAGAGCCCAAAGUUAGGGGAGAAACUUCAUGACGAUGAUUCUAGCGUGUAUGAGGAUGUCCGCCUGGAAGAAGACUUCCGAUCACCAUACGAUGGAACAUCAGAGUCCCCCUAUACUACAGCUGACAGUUUCAUCACACCACCACUUGGGCCGCCACCGCUUCCGGCUAGGAGUUCAGUCAUACAGUAG